AGAAGCCACAGCAGACUUUACCUUUUGCACGCAUCCUCCGUCCGCCACUAUGGUCGCAACAACAUCAGAGCAGCUAGCAGCCUUGUCUGGAACCACUGUCGUUGUACAUCCCCUCGUCCUCCUUUCCGUCACAGAUCACCAUGCACGUACUGUCCAACGCAGCUCUAGCAAGCGCGUCAUUGGCAUCCUCCUAGGGCAGGACAACGGCAAGACCGUCAACGUCGCGAACUCCUUCGGCAUUCCCUUCGAGGAGGACGAGAAGGACAGCAAGACAUGGUUCUUGGACCAUAACUAUAUUGAGGGCAUGUGGGAGAUGUUCAAGAAGGUCAACGCACGAGAGCGGAUGAUCGGGUGGUACCACACUGGCCCCAAGCUUCGGGCUUCGGACCAGGAGAUCAACGACCUAUUGAAGAGAUACAUUGCACGACCAGUCAUGGUGAUCGUGGACGUACGACCAAACACGGUGGGCAUCCCGACGGACGCAUACUUCGCAGUGGAGGAAAUCAAAGACGACGGUACAGAAACCCGGAAGACGUUCCUCCACGUGCCGUCAGCAAUUGAAGCGGAAGAAGCAGAGGAGAUCGGUGUCGAGCACCUGCUCCGGGACAUCAAAGACUCGACCACAACCACCCUCGCGACCCGUGUCUCCGAGCAGCUCAGCUCUCUGCGCGGCCUCCAAUCCCGCAUAGACGACAUCCGGAAUUACCUUACGGACGUCGCGGCGGGGAAGAUGCCCGUGAACCACCAGAUCGUCUACCACAUACAGGACGCGCUGAACCUCCUCCCGCAUCUCAACGACCCCGAGUCGACGCAGAGCUUUGCUACAAGUACGAACGACCAGCUGCUCGUCGUAUACCUGAGCAGUCUGCUCCGGGCCGUCAUCGCUCUCCACGCGCUCGUGGACAACAAGGCGACCAUUGGUCGGGUGGAGUUCGAGGAGACCAAGGGCGAGGAUAAGAAGGUGGACGAGAAGGAUGCAGCAGGGAAGGGGUCUGCGACGGAUUCAAGUAAAACGAACUCCGGCGACAAGGGCCUGUAGUUGCCUGCAGUCUGCGCUUGUACACGCCUCACAUUCGCUAAUAGCUAUAUGCCCGCCUGGAGUGCUUGCGCAUCGCCGUGUC